AUGUUCGAGGACGUACAGAAAAUAAAAUCGCGCAAGAGACCUCUGAUACAAGAUAUUUCCAGUGAGGUUACGCAGAAAGAGAAUUCAGAGUAUAAACCAAUAGAAAAGAAACUUCGGCAGUCGCAAAAGGUAUGCUUAAGAUGUCUGGCUGGUGAAGCAGGCCACAUCACACAUGUUCUUUCUGAGGUAGCUGCCUGA